CCCAACAAGUCCGAAGUGAUGACGGCUCUGGGAGCUGCCGUUGCUGCUGCCAUAUCUGUUGGCAUUGAUCCCACCCAUCUUCUGGCCAUCCGCACACACGAGCCCAGCGGCCAGGAUGCAAAUACUUUCACUCCAAGAGUUGAUGAGAAGACUCGUGAACUGUGGCUGGAUGGCUGGAAACGAGCCGUUGAGCGCAGUCUGGGCUGGGCGAAGAAGGACUGA